GCGCGUAAGAGAGUUUGCCGAUGCGCCGCUGUAAAUUCACAGGGAGUAUCGAACGAACGAAACCACGUUUGAGCAGCGCGCGUGGGCGUGAGUGUCAGGCGCUUCCGUGCUGUGCGUGUGACGACGGGCGCCUCGAACUGCCCGGCACAGCCCAUACGUCCGUAAGGGCAGCACGGCAGUCUCUGAGCCAUGGGGGAGACGGUGGAAUUACCGAAACGAGAUCUGUACAUCGAUGGAAAGUGGGUGCCCCCGUACACAGGAGGGCGAUAUCCUGUGGUAAAUCCGUCGACGGAGCAGGUCAUUGGUUCGGUUCCUGAAGGUGGAGCUGCGGAUAUCAAUGCAGCCGUUACAGCUGCAUCUGAUGCAUUCUUUUGGAAUGGCGGCAAGGAGUGGUCCUGUGCUCCUUCCGCUGUCCGAGCAAAAUUCCUUCGGGCCAUUGCCUCCAAGGUUCGCGAGAGGAAAUCUGAACUGGCACGGUUGGAGACCCUGGAUUGCGGCAAACCGAUUGAUGAAGCCGAGUGGGACAUGGAUGAUGUUGCUGGCUGCUUCGAGUAUUACGCCAAUCUUGCUGAAGAGCUUGAUAAGCGACAGCAUGUUGACGUCGCCAUCUCUAUGGACACUUUCCGGUCGUAUGUCCGCAAGGAGCCCGUUGGAGUGGUUGCGCUCAUCACCCCCUGGAACUACCCGAUGCUUAUGGCAACGUGGAAAGUUGCACCUGCUCUGGCUGCUGGCUGCACGGUCAUCCUGAAGCCAUCGGAGAAUGCGUCGGUCACGUCUCUAGAAUUGGGAGCUAUUGCGGAAGCAGUUGGUUUGCCCCAUGGCGUUUUAAACAUCGUAACUGGACGAGGCGAUGUGGCAGGUGCAGCGCUCACUGAGCAUCCGAAAAUUGACAAACUCGCGUUCACAGGAGGAGCGCACACGGGGCAAAAGGUGAUGCGGGCGGUAGCAAAAGAGCUUCGCCCAGUCACGUUGGAACUCGGUGGGAAAAGUGCGAUGAUCGUGUUCGACGAUGUCGAUAUCGACAAGACGGUGGAAUGGGCAAUGUUUGGAGCCUUCUGGACAAACGGGCAGAUCUGUAGCGCGACAUCCCGCCUUCUGUUGCACGAGAGCAUAGCGGAACGGUUCAUUUCAAGGCUCGUGGAGUGGACGAAGACCAUCAAGAUCGCAGAUCCCCUUUCGCAAGGCUGUCGAUUGGGACCAGUCGUAAAUGAGGCCCAGUACAAGAAAGUUAUGGGUUACAUUGAUAAGGCUAAAGAGGAGGGUGCAACACUCCUUUGCGGGGGAAAGAGGCCUGCCCAUUUGCCCCAGGGGUAUUAUGUUGAGCCAACUGUCUUUGCAGAUGUCGAGCCCCAUAUGCAGAUCUGGCAGGAAGAGGUUUUCGGGCCCGUGCUAUCCGUGAAAACAUUUGGGACGGAGGACGAGGCCAUCCGGUUGGCGAACGAUUCUAUAUACGGAUUGGCCGCUGCUGUGAUGUCUGGCGAUCAUGAUAGAUGUCGGCGAGUCUCUGAGGCCUUACAGGUGGGAAUCGUGUGGUUAAACUGCUCACAGCCAUGCUUCACAGAAGCUCCUUGGGGAGGCAGAAAGCGCAGCGGAUUUGGACGGGAGUUGGGUGAGUGGGGGCUUGAGAAUUACCUGUCUGUGAAGCAGGUAACCGAAUACACAUCCAAGGAGCCAUGGGGCUGGUACCCGCCUCCCUCAAAACUGUAAGCCGCACUGCGGCAGCUGCUCGACUACACCCUCUGCGCUUGCAUAAGGAGUUUGUGGCUAUGGGGUUGGAGGAUCACCUCUUGAUGAGGCAGGUAACCGCGGACACAUCCAAGGACUUAACAGGACUGCUACCUGCACCCUUUCCCACGCUCGUCUCCCCCUACCACCCCCACGAGAGUCAAUAGCUACGCCCUCUCUGAAGCUGUAGUUGUGUGUGUCAUCGACCGUGCACUGCUAGCAUUUUUCAUGUCUGAGUUCGCUUUGUAAAGAUGAUGUGCAAAUGUACUGUGAUGUACAUAUCGUUUUUUACGGAUUGAUGUUCGUAACUGCUGCGACGUCUAGCAUAAUAACUUCUCUCUGGAAUAUCUAACACUGGUUUUCAAAGGCUUUAGACAGAUGUUGGACUAUUUGGAACAGCUUUGGAAAUUUUGGAACAGAUUUUGAAAGAAUGUGGAACAGAUUUUGGGAAGACAUUUGCCUGCCUUGCUGCUCACCGACAAGGAUGAUCCUCUGCACAAUGUCUGCAACAGACUUUGUGCCUGUGCUAUUGGCACUUGGACUCAACGACCGACCAGGUGCAGAUUAUACGAUUGUCCUCCUUCAUCGUAGAGAUGCAGACAUUCUGGACUUGUUCCAGGCAUUCAGGGGACACGUCUUCCCCAAACAUUUCUUUUUAUAGUUUUUUAUUUUUCAUUUUUCAACUAGUCUUAUGGUCGAGGCUCUAUUGUCCCGACUUCUCAAACUUUGGUAUGCGUUUUCUGCAUAAUUAGUCAAAAAAAGAGAGAGAAAAAAAAAGCCAUCGUGAUUCAGUAACGAUAAUGCUUUUUCACAUUUGAAUUCUCGUCCCUGAUUACGUCCAUCUUCACCCAAAUAGAUUGCCCCAUGGUUGUACCUGUAUUUGACUAAAUGUUGUGCCGAGCGGCGAGCACAGCAUCAAUGACCAGGCGUUCUAUUCGGAUGAAGAUUGUAGUGCGCUUGGAGGCUACGUGAUUGGGAUGUGUUAGUCUGAAGGACUCUGUACAGAGAUGCUCGACGUAUACCUCCGUAUGUUGCUGUUCAGGGAUGCUCGCAUAUGCCUCCGUAAGUCGCUGUCUGUAUCCGUUUCUCUCCGUUUGACUCGAUCGCUUUCCAGUUGACUUUGGUGUCUCUGUUUGUCCCCAUUUGUACUUGUUUGUCUGUGUUUGUCUCCACUUGCCUUUAUUUAUGGCCGUUUGUUUCCGUUCAUCUCUGUCGGCCGCCGGUUGUGUCAGUCUGUCUCCGAUUGUCGGCCCGUUGAGGAGCAUUUUCAUCU